AUGGAGAAGUUUGUACUUCUGUUACUUUGCCUCCUUGCUGCUUUGGUGUGUUUUGGUACCGGUCAGCACCAUUUACGCGCACGUGUGGGCCCCUGGAGACACCGGAUCCAGUGGGAGAAUAACGGUCAGGUGUACAGUCUACUGAGCACCGGGACUCAGUAUCGCUCCCCUGCGCAGGGCAGAAGACGCACUCAGCUGUUGUUGACAACUAAAAACGGUUUAAACCGUCUUCAGUCUCCUGUUGCGCUUAGUAGAUCCACCAGAACCAGACAUGAAGAGCUCCAGGACGCAGCCGGGGGCCACUCUCAACAAAACGACCUUAGUCAAAUGAAUGCGUCGGUUCUUGGUGUUGAUGCGGGUCAGUAUUUACUCGCCUCGGGACGACCCGGGGCGCGCAGUCAGUCCCCAACGCGCGGGGAGGCCGUGUCUGUGGGACCCCGCUCACAGCAGGCGGCGUCCAACAGCAGCGCCGCAGCUUUCACCUCCAUCCAGGAGUUUUCCGGCAGCGGAGUCCCACGAGGAGGCCGGAGUACACCUGGAGAUGGCGCACAGCAAGCCACUGCGUCUCCGGUAAGAUCAGCGGACUUUACGCACAGCCGGGGCGGCAGAAUAAGCUUUGAAUCAACUGCCAGGUCACCUGCCACACCUGGAUGGGUCACCAUGGCGGAGGUUAGCGGGAAUGCGCGUCGCUCGCCCCAACAAACCAGUUUGGGAGACGCUCGCAGCGCGCAAAGAGCGCAAUCACUGACCAGAAUCACUGCGGAGGCAGAUGUGUCUCCCACAGCGCUGUCCAGUAACGCUGUAGAAAUACACAUUCCUCGUCCGAGGCCGGAUACAACAAGGACUGCGGACAUGGGUGACCCACGGGAUCCGCACAGUAUUCAUCACAGAAACUCCGUUUUCUAUAAUGUUUACCCAGCAGACCGCAGAAACAGGGUCACUGUGCGCCCUGCACCGGGACCCGGCUAUGGCACCAGACUCUUCCAUAAUGGUCUCCCAGACUUGGUUCCUGACCCUUACUACAUCCAGGCUGCCUCCUACAUCCAGAGAGUGCAGAUGUACGCACUUCGCUGUGCUGCCGAGGAAAACUGUUUGUCCAGGUCUGCGAACCACCCGAGUGUGAGCGACCUCGACUACAGAGUCCUGCUGCGGUUCCCACAGAGAGUGAAGAACCAAGGAACCGCGGACUUCCUGCCGGUGAAGCCCAGACAUGAGUGGGAAUGGCACAGCUGUCACCAACAUUACCACAGUAUGGAGGCCUUCAGUAACUACGACCUGCUGGACGUCUCCACUGAACAGAAGGUCGCAGAGGGACACAAGGCCAGUUUCUGUCUGGAGGACACGUCCUGUGACCCGGGGGUACGACGGCGCUUCGCCUGCACUGCUCACACGCAGGGGCUCGGUCCCGGUUGCUAUGACACCUAUCACGCCAACAUCGACUGCCAGUGGAUCGACAUCACCGACGUUCCGCCCGGAAACUACAUCCUCAAGGUGACAGUGAAUCCCUCUCAGCUGGUUCAGGAGUCAGAUUUCUCCAACAACGAGGUGCGCUGCGACAUCAGGUACACAGGAAGCUACGUUCAGGCAAGAAACUGCAGGAUCACUGUGUAA